UAGGGAUGCCAUGGCUUUUACAUCCGAUACGAAACAGAAGCAAGCCUAUCUAGGCAACCAAGGAUGCCUGGACACAGACAUAGCACCAAUUGAGCUGAUAUUGUCAGUACCCAUGGGUCUCGAAGAUGUAGCGGUGCACAAAUUGCCCCCAGUGCUUGUCGAGACUGCCAUCAAGAUCAGAUAUCGAGUUGGAUCUGGCUCAGAUCGUGUUUAACGAUACACAAGAAUUUUCAGCUUUUGUCAGGAAUGGGUUCAGAACAUCUACACAUCACGAGCCUCUGGAGCAUGAUCAAAAUCAUUCUUCGGUGACUCAGGAAAUGAAAGGCAUGGACGCAUUUGAUCUGAAGCUACAAUGGCAACAUGGUCUUUCUGUACUCAUGUCCAUUCCCUCACCAUUGGCAGCACGCUUAACAGCCAUAAAGAGCACGUUUUUGAAACUGAAUAGCAACGAGAGUACACGCGAUCCCAUCCGAUUUAGAGCGUCUUUUGAUCGUGGUGAAGUUCAACAUAAAGGAGUUCGGUCUCAAGAUAUUGCAGCAGGUUUAGGAAAUCUCAUGAGCAUGGCCUUUCCGUCCUGGAAAGUUGAUCUGAAAGAUUAUGAAGUGGAAGCCGUAGGCAGAUGGAUACAAGAAGAAUCGGAAGAAGUUGAGUUCAAAACUGAUGUAGCAACAACAAAGGGGCGGCAACAAAAUACAUCCUCCAUAGUUAAGGGCAUGAGGAUGCAUGUUGGAAUGGCUUUACCGCUAAAACUUUCAAGCUGCCCAUAUCGGUUUCGGCCCAUGUGGGGACGUACAGCAUUAAAGAUUGAAAUCGCAUACUUACUCCUAGCGAUGGCUGGCCCUAAGCCUGGAGAUAUAGUUAUGGAUUUUUGCUCAGGCAUUGGCACUAUCCCUAUUGUGGGAUCGAUACAUUAUCCAGGAUCGCUAUUUGUGGGAUCUGAAUAUUUGCAGAUCAAUGUUGAUAAAGCAGCAGAGAACUCUAGAGGUAUGCAAGAAAAAGUGAAUCAAAAGUCGCAGACAGAGACAGGACUUCUAAGCAACGAUAUAAUUGGGCCUGUUCUUUUUAUUGGAGAUGCAAGGGCUAUUUGCUGGAGAUCCGAGACAGUAGACUUGAUUGUCAGUGAUUUACCAUGGGGUCAAAGAGAAAACUCACACGUGUACAAUUGCAAGCUAUACCCCCGAAUGUUGCGAGAAAUGAUCCGUGUGCUCAAGACAAACGGCCGUGCAUUACUGAUCACAGGUGAACGCAAGCUGCUACAGAGACAACUGGAUGCUCCUUUUGCAAAGUCAUCUCUACAAAUAGUGAAUAAGAGAGAAGUUACGAUAGGCUUCAAGGUAGUUGUCUUUGAGAUCCUCCGCAUUUAACCAAGAAUUCCAGUGUUUUAAAAGAAAAAAAAAUAGUUUCAUUCCGAGACCGACAUGCGUUGCCAAAAAAAAUGUUUUAAACUGGUCAUUCUUAACAUUUAUCCAAUGCCUUCAGCCAACAUUGACUGGCAAGCCAACAUACCUCAUCAUUUGUGACAUACCACUGUCAGCAAACCACUUUAUUUCUUGGUUGACUUCCUCGUCAAGCUCGUCGCAUCUCAUUUUCUCUACCCUGAACAAUCCAUAUUUUUUAAAUAAAAGAAACCGU